CUGGCCGCCAGGUGGCGCUGCGGGGCAGGGCAGGGCUGGGCGCGGUGGCUCUCCUCAGCGGCGCCCCCUCUCGGCCGCUCCGCGCGCAUCCCCCGCGGCGGUCCGGUUCCUGCUCCGUCGCUCCCGAAAGUGUUCUCCUGCAGCCGUCGCACCCCGCUGCGGAGGACAGCCCCGCCGAGACCUCUCUCCAGCACCCCGGGCCCGGAGGAAGGAAAAGGAAGAGGGAUAUUUUCUCUCUUUUCAUUGUUAUUAUUUUUUUUCCUUUGAUGAACUCAGUGAAGUUCGGACAGCUGACCGUGGUCCUCCCCGCUGCCGGAGGGGGAACCCCUAUUAGGGAGGAAAAAAACUCCGAAAAGGUUAACCUAAGAAGAGCUUACACCCACAGCCCCUCAGCCGCUUCGGAUCCCAGUAGCCCUCAGCUGCGGGUGCCAAUGCCAGAAAGCUCCUCCGAGCGGCAGGAGAAGCUCCGUGCCCUCGUUAGGCAGUGCUGCCGAGGCAGCAGCAGAGACUCCGCGCUCUCCGGCGGAGGUCUCGAAGGAGGCAGAGGGAGGAUCCGCUAGGAUCCAGGUAGAUCCAGCUUUUACCGCUUACCAAAAGCCACCACCAGCAGGACCUCCGUCUCCUCCCUCCCUCCUCCCCUAACUCCCUCCCUCCCCUGCCCCUCCGCGAUGAGAGACGGGCCAAAGUCCGCGAGCGCCAGCAGCGCUCGCUGCCAGGGGCGGACGGAUCGCUUUCAUGUCACGGGGUGACUGCUAGCCCUGCGGAAGCUCCCCCGGCCGGGCCGGGCUGGGGCGGCGGGAGGGCAGCUGCCCCGAGGCCGGGGUGACUGCCGGCCCCGCGGAAUGCUGGCGGCGGGGGAUGCGGAGCCGGCUGUGGACUAACAUGGGGGGCAGCCACUCGCACAGGGCGCCCGUGUUCGACGAGAACGAGGACGUUAACUUUGACCAUUUUCAAAUAUUGCGGGCUAUUGGCAAAGGGAGUUUUGGAAAGGUGUGCAUUGUACAGAAGAGAGACACCAAGAAAAUGUAUGCCAUGAAAUACAUGAAUAAACAGAAGUGCAUUGAGAGAGAUGAAGUUCGGAAUGUUUUUCGGGAGCUACAGAUCAUGCAAGGCCUAGAGCAUCCCUUCCUAGUCAACCUGUGGUAUUCCUUUCAAGAUGAAGAAGACAUGUUCAUGGUGGUUGAUCUCUUGCUUGGAGGAGACCUGAGGUACCAUUUGCAGCAGAAUGUUCACUUUAAUGAAGGAACCGUCAAACUGUACAUCUGUGAGCUGGCACUUUCCCUGGAUUAUUUGCAGAGAUACCACAUCAUUCACAGGGAUAUCAAACCUGACAACAUAUUACUGGAUGAGCAUGGACAUGUUCAUAUCACUGACUUUAACAUUGCAACCAUAGUAAAAGGCUCAGAAAAGGCUUCAUCUAUGGCUGGCACAAAGCCCUACAUGGCUCCAGAAGUGUUCCAGGCCUUUAUGGAUGGAGGUCCAGGAUACUCGUACCCUGUUGACUGGUGGUCUCUAGGAAUUACAGCAUAUGAAUUGUUGAGGGGUUGGAGGCCAUAUGAAAUUCAUUCAGCCACCCCCAUUGAUGAGAUACUCAACAUGUUCAAGAUAGAAAGAGUCCACUACUCAUCUACAUGGUGCAAGGGCAUGACAGCGUUACUAAAAAAGCUCCUCACCAAGGACCCAGAGUGUCGUCUUUCAAGUCUUGCAGAUAUCCAAAGCUCUCCAUACUUAGUUGAUGUCAACUGGGAUGCUGUUCUGGAUAAAGCUGUGACUCCAGGCUUUGUUCCUAAUAAAGGAAGACUGAACUGUGAUCCAACAUUUGAACUUGAAGAAAUGAUCUUGGAGUCCAAGCCCCUUCACAAAAAGAAAAAGCGACUUGCCAAAAACAAAUCCAAGGAUGGAACUAAAGAAAGCUGCCCUCUGAACGUACACCUGCAGCAGUGCUUGGAAACUGUUAGGAAAGAAUUCAUCAUAUUCAACAGAGAGAAGAGAUGUCUUCCUCCACGUGUAUCUCAUUUGGACGUGACCUAAAGGAUCAGCCUACCUUGAAACUUCUAACAGAAGAAUAAAGAAAGGGGAGAUGUCAAUUCAGUGACUGUGACACAGCUUUACAGGAGGGCUACUCUGUAUCUUUCGAGAAAUACGCUGGAAGCAGGCCAGGAAACACCUAUUUGGCAAAUAAUGUUGGCACUCACUGCUGAGAAAAUAUCCUUAGUCAUGGGCAUAUGUUUGCAGUUUGUAAACUGGAUUCUAGCAAUUUUUUCUCCUGUUCCCACAAAACCUAUUCACCAAUAUGUUAUUGGGAAAAUUAGAGUUGCUUUCUUGUUUCUUGUGCAUGUGGAUCCACAAACAUAUAUCUAAGAUAGAAAAAUGUAUCACAUUUUACAGUGUGGCUGAGCAAAACACAUACUAUUUAAGAUGGAUCUGGUCUUGGACAGCAAAUAACCCAUUUGUAAUUUUUUUAUAGUCUAAGCUAUGUUGGUGUUUAUCCAUUUUUUUACUUUAAUAUUCGUAAAUGGCUGUAUAUUGCUUGCUG